GCUCUCAAAGUACAGCGGGCAGUGUCUGUGCAUAAAGGGUUACACAGGAAGCGAAGGAUCCAAUGACUCCUCCCUAAAUUCAUGGAUUAAGCAAACGACAGAAACGUCCUUUUACUGAAACCAGUAAGACUGAAGGAAGAGUUUCGGCCAGACAAGGACGUGGGCAAGGCAGUUUGGUGCCCAACAAAGACAUCAAGGCAGAGGACACCCACAUACUGUACACGUGCGUAGUGACAGAAGAACAACUGGAACUAGAUCGCUCUGCACCGUCCUCAUCCGUCAACUGGGAGAAGUGGGCGGGAAGACGACCAGGAGCCGGCUCGGCCGGGCGGCCUGGCUUCCUUACCGCUGGGGAGCGGUUUGUCCUCUCGCCCGCCCAAGUCUCCCGAGGCAGCUACGGCCGGGCGGCGAGAGUGAGAACACAUACCCGCCGGUCUUAGGCCUUUCCUGGGUCUCCCUUCACCAACUUGGCGCGGCUUCCCUCCCUCGAGUCCACGCCCCCGGCGCGCGCGUGCGCAGAAAGUCCCUGGGAAAACGUCACCUCGCUCCGGAAGUCUCUAAAGCCGUCGGCGCAGGGGCCGCCGGGAAAACAACGCCGGGCCGGUGCAAAGCUGUGGCGGGAUCGCCCCAGCCGGGAUAAUUUAGCUCGCCCUCGGGAAGGCCACAGCGUGGAAGGCGGGAGGAGGCGGCCGCGCGUGGACCUGCAGACGCCGGCCUUUCGCCGCGGAGCCCACCUGGUACCUCUCCGCUUGCUCUUCCGGCAGGAGUCGUGAACGAGUGCGCUUGCGCGCCGGACACUCCGCGCGCCUCGCCGCUGACCGCGCACCGGCCGGCCGGCAGCGGCCCGACGGUUCUGGGGUUGCAGGCGACUUGCAGCUCAGCUCGGCUGCGCACCCGCGAGCAGCAGCAUGUCGCGGAGGCGGCAUAGUUACGAGAACGAUGGUGGGCAGCCUCACAAAAGGAGGAAGACCUCUGAUGCAAAUGAAACUGAAGAUCAUUUGGAGUCUUUAAUAUGCAAAGUAGGGGAAAAGAGUGCCUGCUCUUUGGAGAGCAAUCUAGAAGGCUUGGCUGGUGUUCUGGAAGCUGAUCUUCCUAACUACAAGAGCAAGAUCUUAAGGCUUCUUUGUACAGUUGCACGCCAGUUACCUGAGAAGUUGACAAUUUAUACAACGUUAGUCGGACUGCUGAAUGCCAGAAAUUACAACUUUGGUGGAGAAUUUGUAGAAGCCAUGAUUCGCCAACUGAAAGAAUCACUAAAAGCAAAUAACUAUAACGAAGCUGUCUAUUUGGUCCGUUUUCUGUCUGAUCUUGUGAAUUGUCAUGUGAUUGCUGCCCCAUCUAUGGUUGCUAUGUUUGAGAAUUUUGUAAGUGUGACUCAGGAAGAAGAUGUGCCUCAAGUGCGACGGGAUUGGUAUGUGUAUGCGUUUCUGUCGUCUUUGCCCUGGGUUGGAAAAGAGUUGUACGAAAAGAAAGAUGCAGAAAUGGACCGCAUCUUCUCCAACACUGAAAGUUAUCUUAAAAGACGCCAGAAGACUCAUGUGCCCAUGUUACAAGUUUGGACUGCCGAUAAACCACAUCCACAAGAAGAGUAUUUAGAUUGCCUAUGGGCCCAGAUUCAGAAAUUGAAAAAGGACCGGUGGCAGGAAAGGCACAUCCUAAGACCCUACCUUGCCUUUGACAGCAUCCUCUGUGAAGCGUUACAGCACAAUCUGCCUCCUUUCACACCACCACCUCACACGGAGGACUCGGUGUACCCGAUGCCCAGGGUCAUCUUCAGAAUGUUUGACUACACAGAUGACCCAGAGGGUCCUGUGAUGCCAGGGAGUCAUUCGGUGGAGAGGUUUGUCAUAGAGGAAAACCUUCACUGCAUCAUAAAAUCCUACUGGAAGGAAAGGAAAACUUGUGCUGCACAGCUGGUGAGCUACCCAGGGAAGAACAAGAUCCCCUUGAACUACCACAUAGUUGAGGUGAUCUUCGCAGAGCUGUUUCAGCUCCCAGCGCCCCCUCACAUCGAUGUGAUGUACACUACACUGCUCAUCGAGCUGUGCAAGCUUCAGCCAGGCUCUCUGCCCCAAGUUCUUGCACAGGCGACUGAGAUGCUGUAUAUGCGUCUGGACACGAUGAGUACUACAUGUGUAGACAGGUUUAUUAAUUGGUUUUCUCAUCAUCUAAGUAACUUCCAGUUCCGUUGGAGCUGGGAAGAUUGGUCUGAUUGUCUCACUCAGGAUCUCGAAAGUCCCAAACCAAAGUUUGUAAGAGAAGUUCUAGAAAAAUGCAUGAGGUUGUCUUACCAUCAACAUAUAUUAGAUAUUGUUCCUCCCACCUUCUCAGCUCUGUGUCCUGCAAACCCAACCUGCAUUUACAAGUAUGGAGAUGAAAGUAGCAAUUCUCUUCCUGGACAUUCCGUGGCACUCUGUUUAUCUGUUGCUUUUAAAAGUAAGGCAACUAAUGAUGAAAUCUUCAGCAUUCUGAAGGACGUACCAAAUCCUAACCAGGAUGAUGAUAACGAUGAAGGCUUCAGUUUUAACCCAUUGAAGAUAGAGGUCUUUGUGCAGACUCUGCUGCACUUGGCAGCCAAAUCCUUCAGUCACUCCUUCAGUGCUCUUGCAAAGUUUCAUGAAGUCUUCAAAACUCUCGCAGAAAGUGAUGAGGGGAAGUUACAUGUGCUGAGAGUUAUGUUUGAAGUUUGGAGGAAUCAUCCACAGAUGAUUGCUGUCCUAGUUGAUAAGAUGAUUCGCACGCAGAUUGUUGACUGUGCAGCAGUAGCAAACUGGAUCUUCUCAUCGGAGCUGUCUCGUGACUUCACAAGGUUGUUUGUUUGGGAAAUUUUGCACUCUACAAUUCGUAAGAUGAACAAACAUGUUUUAAAGAUCCAGAAAGAGCUCGAAGAAGCUAAAGAGAAACUGGCAAGACAACACAAACGACGAAGUGAUGACGAUGACAGAAGCAGUGAUAGGAAAGAUGGGGCCCUGGAGGAGCAAAUAGAACGACUGCAGGAGAAAGUAGAGUCUGCUCAGAGUGAACAAAAGAACCUUUUCCUCGUCAUCUUCCAGCGUUUCAUCAUGAUCCUAACUGAGCACUUGGUACGAUGUGAAACUGAUGGCACCAGCAUAUUGACCCCGUGGUAUAAGAACUGCAUAGAGAGGCUGCAGCAGAUCUUCCUGCAGGCCACACUUAAGACCUGACUGAUGACCCAUCCCGCUACCCCAUCCUGUCACACAGCUGCACAAAAAUGACUGCCGUGGAGACGAUGGCCUUCAGGAAUGUAGUACUCUGAGGUCUGAGCCAAGCCUCACACAUCAACCCACUGAGGCCAAAGUUCAAACCCACUUUUCUCCCCUGUGGAAAAGACACCCCAGCACCUCCCCCAGACAGGAAGGCCGCAAUGCCUUUGCUCUGCGGUGAAUCCAGCGACAGGAAAUUCCACCACUUACCUUUGACUUUCUUAUCAAACUUCUUCUGCUUCAUUUUCUCUCGGUUUUCCUGCCUUACUUCCUUUGCAUCUUCCAGUGCUUCCUGGCUACCCCAAACUUCAAGAGCCCGCUUGACAACCUAGAGCACAGUUAAUACUUGAGUUACUCGGGACUCGGAGUUGCACGGCAUGAAGUCCUAACCUCACAGAUGCCAUCAUGUCACAUGAGGAGUGAAACCAUUUCACAGCUGAAGAAGUCCCUUGAAGUCCCACUUUUCCCAGAAAGAGUUGAAAUGAUGAGUACAGAAACAUAAAUGAAGAAGACUCCAUGGGAAAGAAAAUGGAAGAUCCGGUCAUGAGGUCACGAGGGGCAGGGAGUGCCAUGAGAGUCCUGUUUCCCCGGUGUGCAUGACCAUGGUGCAUGAGACUGAAAUAAAGCCUACAGGCACUUUUAUUAAGCACAAAGCAUCAAGUGAUAAGAAAACCUGGGCUGCUUUAAUUAGCUUCAUUUUUACUUAUUUUGAAUGGUACA